ACACGCGUGCACGGUCCAUUCGUCUCGUUGACGAUGUCCGCGUUUACGAUAUUCGAUGGAACUGGAUUAUGAUGUGGUGGGCGUACCAGGUGGACCAUCUUCUGGGAUGAUGGCGUUGCUACCACCGAGGGUAAACGUGUCUGCCCAAGGCGAGGUACCGGUCACUCUGCAAGUUUUCAGGAUCAGAUUACCGUGCUCGGGUGUCGUUAGCGCUGAAAUUCCUUUAGCGCUUAGAUUGAACGUCACGGCGCCGCCCGGCACUAGAUACAACGACACCAUCUUAGUCUUCAAGAGGAACAAGAUCUGCUUGAAAGGUGUCGAGACUCCUCCCAGCAAUGAUUCGGUGCGUUUGGAACCCGAUCCGCUGGCGAAUGGUGCCGGUGCGCUCUACGUCGCUGCUACUUGUGCUUGCGCCUUAAUUUUGGUCGUCGGCAGUGUUGCCAGCGCGUUAUACAUUCGCAACAGUAAGGCACGUGUUCAAGAAUCACAGAAAACUCUGCCCUGCUGCAGUUACUCCGCGGCCGACACCGGUGGCCUGGCCAGGAGUUCCGUUUUAGUUAGAGUCGACCCACGACCCGGAAGUGCGAAUUCCGGAAGUUACGCUACUAUCGCCGACCUCGAGCCGCUCUAUGCAAGGCCAUGCGGUUCCAGAGCUAGUUACUACGCGGCGAGCCACGUGACACAUCUCAGCCAGUCGACCGAUCCGUGUGAGAAGGCCAGAGCACUCGCAGUCUCGAGAUCGGCGUUAUACUGUCGUACUCUCGUGCAGGAAGGGACUUUCGGUCGCGUAUACAAAGGAACUUUGGAAUUAGCUGGACGGGAGCAAGAAGUUAUCAUAAAAACAGUUACAGAGGUAGCAUCCGCUUACCAAGCUUCUCUUUUGGUGGUGGAAGGCUCGCAACUGGCUGGAUUAGUUCAUACAAACAUCGCCUCUUUGGCGGCCGCUUGUCUGGACAGUUCAUGUCCUUUGCUGGCUUAUACAAGCACGCCUGGUGAGCUUAACCUGAAGGUCUACCUUACGGAUGGAAAUCACCAUCCCGUGACUAGAGACUUGGUGCAUGUUGGUGCGCAGGUUGCUCGAGCUGGCGCGUUUCUUCAUGGGCGAGGUCUACUGCACAGGGAUAUUGCUGCCAGAAAUUGCAUAAUCGAACCAGGUAGUCUUCGUGUGAGACUAGCUGACGCUGCCCUGGCUCGGGAUCUCUUCCCUCAGGACUAUCAUUGUCUCGGUGAUAACGAGAACCGACCCAUACGCUGGAUGGCCCUAGAGAGUCUCCAGCGUAACGAAUACAGUACGGCAACCGACGUGUGGGCCUUCGGGGUAUUCCUAUGGGAAUUGGCGACACUGGGUCAACAGCCGUACGUAGAAGUAGACCCAUUCGAGAUGAUGGCGUGUCUCCGAGACGGAUAUCGGCUCGCUCAACCGAGACCUUGUCCCGAUGAGCUCUUCGCCUGUAUGGAAGCCUGCUGGCUCAGUCCCCCCAGGGAUCGACCAACUAUGCCGCAGCUGCUCGCCUAUUUGCAAGAUUUCCACGAUGCGCUGGGUGGAUUUAUUUAAAUCGUCUGUCCGCGAACUGACUUGGCCUCGUUCGAAAAAUGAGCGCGUCGUCGUUGACUCAAAUUUAACGAUUGCACACAGCUGAUUAAAAUCUUUUAGAAUCGUAUCGUAAGUUGCGAAUGGUCGAAUGGAAAAAACUACUGCGGUCCGAAAUGCCCAUUUCAUAACGCGGAAAGUACGUCCAAUAAGUUCGCAAUCAAAUUGAAAGUUCGAAGGAAGAAUAGAAUCAAAGUCGCAUGGAAUUGAAUGUCGCUGCCCAUUUGCAACACACUGCCCUUAUCAAUAAAUAUAUCCGAUGCAAUUUAAAUUGUUGUAACUAUGAUGCGUACUGAUAAUUAUAUUUACUGAUAAUCAUAUACUUACCCCAGUUGAUCAUGAAUCAAAGUAGAAUAUCGUCGUCCUUUAAUUGGCGAAAGGAGUCGCAUAAAAAUCGACACGGACACAUCCGUCCAUAGUAGUUAAACGCACGUAUAUGAAUUUUCAAAUCUCGUAUUUGAGCGAUUCACCCAAAAUGCCAAUUAAUAUUAUGCGGAAGAGCCUUAUCUUCGAAAUGCGGAAACAGAUCUUUUUUUUUUAGUUCCUGAGUUAAGAAAACAAAUACAAACUGCCAAUUCAUAGUGAAAUAAUGAAGAAAUUAAAGAAGUUAAAUGCGCGAUAUGAAGAAGCCAUCAAAUAUGUAGGUGAUUUUUUGUACAAGACUUAUUCAAAUUAAUAUUUAUUAUAACAUGGAUUCAAAAAUCACAUAUAACAAACACGUAGCUAAUUUCUGUGGAUGAUAUUUCACAGGUAACUUGCUAACAAUAGCGAUUGUUCCU